CCCUUUGUUUUAUCGAUUUGGGUCCGUCGCCGUUUCAUUUUGCAGAAUAAUGUUCUGCUGAUCACUCCCCUGCUUUGAUUUGAUUCAAAAGUGGGCCCUUCUAUCCCCAUCUGACUUCUUCUUCCUUUAUAACCCCUCCUUUAUCUCUAGGCAUCCUCUUAUACUGCUGCAUGUACCAUUUUAAACCACUUUAAUUUUUUCACCUCAUAUCUGAUAUGUUUGAGUAGAAUCUCCAAAAGAUUAAAUAAUCGAUCAUUCCCUCCAAUCGUGGAAACUUCAGUCAAUUUCUAUUCUUGGGUCCUUAAUUGAUUCUGGGUUCAUGAAAUGCAAGCAAGAUGAACCUGUUGCCAAUUGCAAUUCAUUCGGUUUUCAUCCAUUAAAUGACUCCUCUGCAGGUGCUAUGAUUUGUGAAGAAUUUGCUAUUGUUAUUAGCUCCAAUGGAGUCUUCUGUUAGAGAUGUAAAGAUUACCUGCAAGCUAGGUGAUCGAUCCACCAGUGAUGUAGUUGUGAGGUUACGCACACAGGAUGGUCGAGAUGAUUGGCUUUACUGCCACACAAAAAUUCUUACAGAAAAGUGCAAGUAUUUUGCUGACAGGCUGUCCGAUAACUGGCCAACAUGUCAAAUCAUUGACUCACGCAGCUGUGUUGAUGUUUUCUGCCAGGAAUCAGAUUUUGAUUACCAUGUGAAUCUUAUACGCCUUCUCUAUGUUGUCAUAGAUGGUUCUGUUGAUGACUUGUGGCAUGGUGUUAGAAAUGCCCUUGGCAUUCUUCAGGUGGCUGUUGAGCUCGGAUGCCCGGAAAUCAUUACUGCUUGUGUCAACUACAUAGAAGCAGUUGCAUGGGAAGAGUCUGAAGAGGAUGAGAUUUUAAAAAUCGUUCCUCGACUGGGAUUACAGGCUGAGCCUAUCCUAGCUAGACUUCAACCAGUCAACCAGUCAGCAAUUAUAUGCAUUUUUGUCUCGGCCAUUCGCUUUGCUACAUCAUCUCCUCCACCAUCAUUGAAUGAUCUCAAAUCUUCAGCUCAGGAGCAACUCGAAUACAUGCUAACUGAAGAUGAUGAUGCCCCUCUAUUGACAGCUGACGAUAACAUAAAAUAUGAAGUGAAAGAAUGUGUAAAUAAACUUUUUGCCAGGUUUAACAACUCAUUGGCAAUUUUGUUAUGUGAUUCCACAGAGUCACUUUCUGAGGCAAGGAAUAUCCAGUUGUUCCAAUCCUAUUUGACCGAUUUAUCAUGGGCUUGUCAGAUAUUAAAUAAGUUGGAAAUAAUGAGGGAAUUUGUUGAGAGUUGGUUUGAUGCAUCUGAAAAGAUAGUGAAGGUGCUUGAGCUAGGGAUUUUAGCAGUCGAAAUCAUUGAGGUAAAGUUGCGAGCUAUAGAGGUGGCAUCAAAGGUCUUAGAGGCGAUUGGUUAUGGAACUGUAAUAUUGCCAACCGCCAAACGCCUUGAGAUUGUGAAAGUGUGGCUUCCUUUUGUGAGGAUUACUAAACCCAUGAUUGAUUCUGUAACUAUGAAUAGCGAUAAUGCCCUGGCGCUCAAAUUCGAUGGUGAACUGUGGCAAUCCCUUGAAUCAACUUUUGUUUCUAUCAUUCUGGCAUUGCCAUCAGGGGACCAAGCUGAGGUUUUAACCGAAUGGUUAGCAAAUGACUAUGUUCGGUAUCCGGACCUGACGGAAGCGUUUGAGGUAUGGUGUUACAGAUCCAAGGUUGCAAAGAGAAGACUAUUGUUGCUAGGAGAUGAUCAUGGUACUAGCAACUCAGCCUGAGGCUUCCUCAAAUUCAUUGUCUUUGUAUUAGACAGUUGAUCCAGGACUCCUUGCCCAGUGAAGGCAUUUAGCAGAGAAUGUUAUCCCGUAUUUGCCUGAGAGCGGUAAUUUCUGCGGCAUCUCAUAUGUAAACCAUUUACUCUAGCUCUAAGUGUAAUUCAUGGAAAUAAUGAUUUGCCAAAGUAAGCUUAGCCGUAAUGCACACCUUCUCCAGUCAUGCUGCUUGCGUUAGUCAUGAAGUAGGUGAAGUGUAUGUGUGCGGCUCCAAAAGUUAGGGUCCUUAUCUUGUGAACGAGUUAACUAACUUGUCGUUUGUCUAA